AUGGCUUUGCAAGCAAUGUUUGACGAAAGUUCAAAAGAGAUGGCUGAACAUAUUUCAUUACAAUCCGAUAAUGAGGAUAUUGUGGACAGUGUCAACUUGGUGGAGGAUAGAGUAGUAGGAGUAGAUGGAGUGGAUGAUGGGAUUCUGGGAGUAGAUGGUACAACCGUGUCCAAGGUGGGUAUGAAGUUCAACGACGAAAAAGAUAUCCGUGAAGGACAAAGAAAUAGUAAUGCAAAUAGUUCUUUGAAGCCGCACGCUACCAUUCAGACGGGUUGCAAAGCAAGAAUUACUUCUUCUGUAGAUGUAUGUGGAAUACGGAAAAUAAACACAGUCAAUCUCAAUCACAAUCACAAUCACAAAACAAGUCCUUCGAAGUCAAGGUUGUAUUGUUACAACCGAGAGUUGAGUGCCCAUGUCAAACGACGACUUGAAGUGAAUGAUAUGGCAAGGAUUUCGAUGCACAAAAGUUACAAUGUUGCAGUUGUAGAAGCGGGAGGGUAUGAGAACUUGAUUUGCAUAGAAAGGAUUGUCGAAACUAUGUUGAACAAGUUAGGCGGUUACGACUUGGAGACGGAGAUCUGCAGCAAUGCAAGCCUACUUUUCGAAUAUGCAAACAAGGCUGAUAAUAGGAGUAGGCAAGAAUAUAAGGAGUUAACAUUUAAUACCACGUACCUAACUAACAAGUACGGCUUGCUGUUCGCACUUUUUGUUGGGGUUAAUCAUCAUGGACAAUCAACGCUACUUGGUUGUGGUUUGGUGUCCAGUACAGAAACAUAUGUGUGUUGUUCAGGACUUGGUUUCAGUGCAUGCAUGGCCAAACUCCUAAGGGAAUUAUCACCGAUCAAGAUAAGGCCAUGCAAAACGCGAUUCAGAUUGUUCUUCCGAACACUCGACAUAGGUGGUGUUUGUGGCAUAUGUUGA